AUGGCGUCAGAGGCGGCGCCAGGUCAGCUCGGCGCGCGAUGGACUCAUCGGGGAGGUGGCGCUGACGGGAAAGCGGGAGGGAGUAGCGGCGGUAGUACUGGUGGUGGUCUGCGUGUAAAUAACAGCCUGUGCAACGAGAAAGUGCCUUUCGACUAUUUCGGGUAUGACGUGUUCUAUGUGAUGAACGUUACUGACGUGGACGAUAAGAUCAUCGUAAGGGCCAGGCGGGAUUACCUCAUCAAGCAGUACCUCCACGCCACGUCAGAUGCCUCCCAGGUCUUGGCAGACACACAAGCAGCACUAGCAGCAGCAGUGGCGAAGCAGAGGGGAGUCAUGGAGGGGUUGAAGAAGGCCGCAGAGGGGGAGGGAAACGAGAAGAAGAAAGAGUCAGAGAACUCAAACUACUCCUCUCAUUCUUCCCGUCUUCCUCAUUCCCAAGUCCAGGUGUUGGCAGACACACAAGCAGCUCUGGCAGCAGCAGUGGAGAAGCAACGGGGUGUGGUAGAGGGGUUGAAGACGACAGCAGAGGGGGAGAGCAACGAGAAGAAGAAAGAUUCGCUGCUGCAGCAGGCCGCACCGGAGGAGCUGAAACUGCAGCAGCUGGAAGGGGCGGCUAAGGCUGUCUUGGAGCGGCUGGGCCCGGCGUGUGUGGCGGCUGGCGGGCGGCGAGGCGUGUCUCUUCUGCUGGGGCGGCGGGCAGAGGAGGUGGAGGCGAAGGAAGGGGGAGCCGUGAAAGAGGGUGAAGCCGUGGGUGACGACAAGGCACGAGUUAAUGGCACAGCGACAGAUGGGGAAGCAGCAGAAGCAGCAGCAGAAGCAGCAGAGGGUGACAAGAUCGCAGCAGAGGCGGCAGCAGAUGCACUGGCAGCAUCGUUGGAUGCGAAGCUGAAGGCGACUGUCACUGAUGUGUCCAUCUUCAGACUCCUCGCUGCCAAGUACGAGGUGGAGUUCUUUGAAGAUAUGAAGGCGCUGGGAGUGCGGCCACCUCACGUGCUCACACGUGUUACAGAGUACAUCAACGCAAUUGUCAACUAUGUGGACAUGAUCAUUAAGAAUGGCUGCGCGUAUGCCAUCAAUGGGAGUGUCUACUUUGACACCAAGGCCUUCAAGGCACAUGUACGGGAAGCUGUGCCCGUGGUCCGUGGGCAGUGCAUGCCUGUUGCCAUUCCCCUCAUGUACCCUACCCACAAAGCCCCCCUUUCCGCCUCCCCUUCUCCCUUCUCCCCACCCCACCACCACAGGGAGUCAGGGCACAUAGAGUCAGGGCACAUGUACGGGAAGCUGUGCCCGUGGUCCGUGGGCAGUGCUGAGCUGGCAGCGGAGAGCGAAUCAGAUUUUGCCACGUCAGAGAAGCGCAACCGCAGCGACUUCGCCCUGUGGAAGGCCAGCAAGGCCGGGGAGCCAUCCUGGCCGUCGCCUUGGGGCGAUGGACGGCCAGGAUGGCACAUUGAGUGCUCCGCCAUGGCGUCAGAUAUCGUUGGAUUUCCCAUGGACAUUCACUCAGGGGGCAUGGUGUGGGCAGUGGGUGAACUACUUCCUGCACGCCGGCCACUUGCUGCACCGCACACCUGCACAUUUCACACCACGCUGCACACACGAGUGCCUUCACCUCUCUUCCUUCCACCCAACCCAACCCUCCCGAUCUUCACUGUGCAACACGCCCCCCUCCUCCCCCCCCCGCCCGCACCUCCCCACCCGCACCUCCCCCCUACCGAAUACCCAAAACCCUCACCAGCGACCUGCGGGUCUUUCCACCAUGACAACGAGUUGGCACAUGUGGAGGCGUUCCACGGGUCGACCUGCGGUUCCCCCCAACGACAACCAGUUGGCGCAGGCGGAGGCGUUUCACGGGUGCAGGCCGUGGGUGAGCUACUUCCUGCACGUGGGGCACCUGCUGCAUACGACACUGCUCAGCACGAGUCCUUUGAGAAUCUUGACCUCUCUCUCUUCCACCCAACCCUCCCCAUCCGCACCCUGCCACACGCCCCCCCCCCUUCCCCUCCCCCCCCUGCUCCCCCUCCCCGAUACCCAAAAACCCGGCUUCCCCCCUGUGCGCGUGCCAGCGACCUGCGGUUCCCCCACCACGACAACGAGCUGGCACAGGCAGAGGCGUUCCACGGGUGUGGGCAGUGGGUGAACUACUUCCUGCACGCCGGCCACCUACACAUCGAGGGGCUCAAGAUGUCCAAGUCGCUCAAUGGCAGUGCCAUGGGCUCUAGAGAAGUACAGUGCGCGCCAGUUCAGAUUGCUCUUCCUGCUGCUUGCUCCCUCAACCCGUCAUUCUUAUCCUCUCCUCACCCACCCACCCACCCAUCAGGCUCUGGAGAAGUACAGUGCGCGCCAGUUCAGAUUGCUCUUCCUGCUGCUUGCUCCCUCAACCCGUCAUUCUUAUCCUCUCCUCACCCACCCACCCACCCAUCAGGCUCUGGAGAAGUACAGUGCGCGCCAGUUCAGAUUGCUCUUCCUGCUGCUUGCUCCCUCAACCCGUCAUUCUUAUCCUCUCCUCACCCACCCACCCACCCAUCAGGCUCUGGAGAAGUACAGUGCGCGCCAGUUCAGAUUGCUCUUCCUGCUGCUUGCUCCCUCAACCCGUCAUUCUUAUCCUCUCCUCACCCACCCACCCACCCAUCAGGCUCUGGAGAAGUACAGUGCGCGCCAGUUCAGAUUGCUCUUCCUGCUGCUUGCUCCCUCAACCCGUCAUUCUUAUCCUCUCCUCACCCACCCACCCACCCAUCAGGCUCUGGAGAAGUACAGUGCGCGCCAGUUCAGAUUGCUCUUCCUGCUGCUUGCUCCCUCAACCCGUCAUUCUUAUCCUCUCCUCACCCACCCACCCACCCAUCAGGCUCUGGAGAAGUACAGUGCGCGCCAGUUCAGAUUGCUCUUCCUGCUGCUUGCUCCCUCAACCCGUCAUUCUUAUCCUCUCCUCACCCACCCACCCACCCAUCAGGCUCUGGAGAAGUACAGUGCGCGCCAGUUCAGAUUGCUCUUCCUGCUGCAGGCCUGGGACAAGGUAAUCCAAUCAACUAUGGGGAGGGUGCGAUGGCAGAUGCGGUGGGCAGGGAGAAGCAGCUCAGAAACUUCUUCCAGACCGUUCAGGCUGAGAUUCGGGCGGCGGUGAGUCGUGCUGACGUGGAGCUGAGGUGGGUGAUUGCUGCAGACAGUGAGAGAGUGGGGGAGGGUGAGGGGGUGUGUGUGAGAGCGGGAGUGGAGGAGGCGUGGAGCGAGUUGGAGAAGACUCUGAACGCUGCUGUGGCUACAGCUCAGGCUGAGCGAGUGGAGGAGGCGUGGAGCGAUCUGGAGAAGUCUCUGAACACUGCUGUGGCUACGGCACAGGCUGAGAUGUGUGGUGGGUGGAUGGUUGAGCUGACUGACUCAAACGAAAAAAUUGAGUGGAGCGAGUUGGAGACGACUCUGAACGCUGCUGUGGCUGAAGCACAGGCUGAGGUCCGUGCUCGUCUGGAGGACAACUUUGACACAGCGGGAGCCAUAGCAGCGCUCUUCGACCUCAUCUCAGCCACCAACGUGUACCUCAAAGACACAUCCGCCAAAAAACGCCGGCCACGGCCCCUCCUGCUGCAGUCCGCCGCCCAGUUUGUUUCCCGGAUCCUGCAGGUCUUUGGUCUGCUGGACUCGAGUCUAGAUUCGUUUGGCAUGACAGCAGGAGGAGCGGCAGCAGGGGCUCAGGGCGAGCAAUCCAAAGAGGCCAUCGUGGUGCCCUACAUUCAAGGCUUCUCAACGUUCCGUGACGAUGUGCGGGCAGCAGUGCGGAGAAACGCCACCAAGGAUGAGUUGCUGUCGCUAACUGACAAAGUGAGGGACCAUGCAAUGGUGGACCUUGGGAUUCGCUGCGAGGACCGGGGCGGCGCGGGGGCGGAAGCAGCGGUGGUGAAGCUGGAUGAUCCCAAGGUGCUGCGAGCUGAGCGGGAUGAACGGAUCGCCAAGGCUGCUGCUGAGGCCAAGCGGAAACUGCAGACCAAACUGGCAGCCAAGGUGAAGGACUUGGACCGGUGGCAAUCUGCCUCUGUACCUCCCUCUGAGAUCUUCCGGAAGGCGGUUGACAAGUAUAGUGCGUGGGAUGAUAAGGGUGUGCCCACGCACGACAAGGAUGGCAAGGAGCUGUCUGCCAAAGCCAAGAAGGGCGUGGACAAGGAACUGAAGAAGGCAGAAGAGUCGUUUGCCAAGUACCAGCAGAAGGUGGGGGAGGACCCAGGGUUCCUGGACUCGCUGCGAGAGGAGGUUGCGAGGCUGGAAGCUGAGCUGGCCAAGUGA